AUGAGCGACGGAAUACACAUGCAAAAGGCUGUAAACGCCGGUCAUAUUGAGAUCGCCCAGCAGAUCAAUAAUCUGUGUGACGCAGAUGGAAGAAAGGACUCAUGCCUUGAAGAUCUCUACAUCACGGACCCUGUUGCCGAUAAAAAACGCAUAGAAGAUGAUAAAGGCGGUCUGCUCAAAGACUGUUACAAAUGGAUUCUGGAAAAUGACAAUUUCGCGAAAUGGCGAGACGAUCCAGAACAACAUUUACUCUGGGUCAGAGGCGACCCUGGAAAAGGCAAGACGAUGCUUUUAGCUGGGCUCAUUACAGAGUUAGAGAAAGCCUCACAUGACAGUGUCUUUUACUUCUUCUGCCAAGCCACACAACCUCUCUUGCGAACUGCAUCAUAUGUGCUUCGCGGUCUCAUUUGGUCUAUCGUUUGCAAGCGACCAGCUUUGAAAUCCUAUGUUCGAAGGGAAUAUGAUCAAGCUGAUUCAAGUGUUUUCACCAAUCAUAAUGCAUGGUACGCAUUGUCAGGGAUCCUUACCUCUAUUCUAGAAGAUGAGAUAUCUACCGAUUUCAUCGUCGUCAUUGAUGCUUUGGAUGAGUGCACCGAAGGUCGCGAGAAGCUCAUUGGCUAUAUCAGCCAGUGUUCAGUAUCAUGCAAAGCCAAAUGGGUUAUCUCUAGCCGCAAUUGGCUUGACAUCGAAUCACACCUUGAUGCCACGGAAAGUCAUGUUCGAUUGCACCUCGAACUCAACCACGCCUCGAUCUCCAAUGCUGUCCUCAAAUUUGUUGAAAGCAAGGUCACCCAGCUCAAUUCAACCUACAACCAGUCUACUCGAGCCCAAAUUCGCAAACACCUUCUUGAUAAUGCGAAUGACACCUUCCUUUGGGUCGCUUUGGUUUGUCAAGAACUGGAAAAGCCUGGUGUCAAACAUUACCACAGCUCCAGCAUCUUAAGGCGCUUCCCCGCUGGACUGAAUGAGCUAUACGAAAGGAUGAUUAGCGACAUCAACGACAGAGACAUGGAGUGGUGUAGAGCUAUCCUUGCCGUCGUAGCUGUCGCUCUACGGCCUUUGAGUCUACAAGAGCUAGCCGCAGCUGACGAAACACUUACUGAGUGGAUUGAAGAUAAAGAUACCCUAUCGAGCCUUGUCACCUCGUGUGGCUCCCUCCUAACAAUCAGAGGAGAUAAAGUCUACACUGUCCAUCAGUCGGUCAACGAUUUCUUACCCAAGGCACCCAAGAUCUUACCGUCAGGUGUAGGACACCAGCAUUAUUCUAUCUUCAACUGUAGCAUAAAUAUCAUGCACAACAGACUCCAUCGGAAUGUAUACGGACUCAAAGACAGUUGUGUUGUGGUCGAUGACAUUCCCAUUUUACCAGCUGCCCCUCUGACUAUUGCUGGAUAUGCCUGCGUCUACUGGGUUGAUCACUUUUGUGCCUGGCUUCUGGCCGAAAAGCCACAUAAAAACAGUUUGUGUUAUAGCAUGAUAAGCCAAUUCUUGGAGAAGAAGUACCUCUACUGGCUUGAGGCAAUGAGUCUAUUGCGGUGUACCUCAGAGGCAAUCAAGGCAAUGCGGAGAUUGGAAGAACAGUUGGUAAGCAGUGGUGUCUCGAAAAAGUUCAAUCGGCGGCUAACCAUUCCACAGAAGAACGGAGGUCCCGACGAGCUGAAGCUUCUGGUCAACGAUGCUGCACGUUUCGCUAUUACGCACAGAGCCAUCAUGGAUGCUGCACCACUUCAACUCUAUGACUCCGCUUUGAUAUUCACUCCCCAACUGAGAAAGAUCAAAACAUGCUUUAGUCAGGAAAUCAGCAGAUCCAUAAAUAUAUUCUCUCCUGACUUCCAACGUUGGGACGCCUGCCUUCAGACUAUUCUAGAUGCAGCAUAUGAUCGAGGAGGCAAGUCUACGUGUGAAUUUUCGCCUGAUGGUCGACAAAUUGCAACUAUCAAUAGAAAAGCUGAUAGACUACUCCUGAUUGAUAUUUCCACUGGUGGCCUUGUUAAAUCGAUCGAGUCUCCUAGAGGUCGCCUGCAAAGAUUUACUUUCCAUCCAAGUGGAGAUUCACUGGUCACAUUAUCUAUCGUCGAAGAAAAGGAACUAAAUCUUUCUUUCUUUCAUCUGCCUGACGGGAAAUUCAUUAAAUCUUUCACAGUUGGCAAACAUGUUAUGUCCUUCUUUCUAUGCUACUCCGCAGAUGGAGAAUUACUUGCUUUACCGUCAAAAUCCGACGCCGUUGAUGAAGUUGAUAUUUGGAAUCCAGGCGCCGUUAAUACAGUUGAUAUUUGGAACCCGGCAGGCAAAACAAAAUUGAACGGCUUUUGUAAAAACAAAAACAGUAUCCAAUAUGUGUUUUGGAUUCUUAUUCCUUCGCAUCCAAAGGCUCUCUUGAUUAUAGGGGGUAACGAUAUUACUAUUUGGGGUCUUGAUACAAAACAUCAUGUGUCCAAGCUAAUGUCGAUGACGGACCUAGCUGCAAUCAACGCUGCCGCGGUUAGCCGUGAUCGGACAUGCUGUGUAAUAUUCCUCAGUGAUCUAGAGCUCGUAUUAUACUCCUGGGGUUCACACAUAACGGUACAGAAGAUUAUGCGACUUGAUCGGACCAGGAUCAUACAUGAUGUAUCAUGGGUAGCUGAUGACCGUUUAAUAGCCCUUUGUGGUCUCUUUGGCAUGGAAAUAUGGGACUGGAAAGCCAAGAAACUGGUAGCACAGGUGCAGUGCUAUGCUAUCGAGAAGAUAUACUGCGGGAAAAAUGGUCAACUUGCUUCAAUGGGAUACGGAAUUGGCAUUCUCAAGAUCUGGAACCUGGACGCACUCCUGAGCUAUCCAGAACUUACCAUCCAACAAUCUACCAGCAGAGUGCGGUCUUUUAUCACAUCUCCAAGUGGCAAGGUCGCCUUCAUCAGUGGCAACGAAGAGGGCGAAAUGUUGAGCAUCGCAGUCAAUGGCAGAUUUCACCAUCUGCCCAAGACGCUUCAGAAUUCGUCCCAGCAGUCAUAUUGGAGUACUCAGUUACUAGCAUUUGGCCACAAUGACUACUUUUCUGCCGCCACAGACCACGGUUCCAUUCAUAUUUUUAGAUUUGACCACGAGACGGGCCGCUACUAUUGCGAAUGGCGGAUAUCGACCUCUGAAUUUGUCCAUACAACUCAGUUUUGGGGACAAGAGCUGAUCAUAAGGUCUCAAGGAGGCACCCAUCCCUACAUCAACUUCUGGGAUCUCAAGACAGGCAAGUGCUCGCGGAGGGUAUCCUUGCCAUGUUCAGAGUUAAGUGAAGUAUCAACCAUUACAUCCGACGGCCGAAUCGCUUGCGAGACAGACCGUUCUCAUAUAGUGAUAUGGGACAUCAUGUGCAGAAAGGAAACACAACGUUUUGACCUAAGGGUGGAAAAUUUGGAUCCUGUAUUCAUUUCAGCCAUUUCCAUUGGCUAUAGUCUGCUUGCGAUCUCUGCAUCUGAAUGGGAUAGAGACCGGGCAUUUAUAGUCAUUGGAAAUACUGAAGACGGUACCUGGAUUCGGAGGUACUCUGUCUCGGGCUUUGUUACAACUCUGACCUUUUUAACCCCCGAGCUACUGGACACAGAGGUUGGUGUCCUCAAAUGCGUCAUGGAACGUGGUAGUUCUGAAGACAUACCGACAGUGGCGGCAGAGGAUCACUGGGACCCGCGUUACUUCAGCCUAUCCUACUCAGAAUCAGAAGCCUGGCUCAUGAAGGGCUCUAGGAAGAUAUUGUGGAUUCCUCGCCAGGAUGUCAAUCGAGAACUGUUCUCGAUUCAAACAGACUUGGAGGCAGGCAAAUCAACAGUUACGCUAGUGCAUGACGGGUGUUUGUUUAUAUUAACUAUUGAGAUAGAUUCUAUAUAG